AUGACCAAGAUUGCACCAAACUGCAAAUACGGCCUCAUCAAGAAUUUUGACAGUACCAUUAAAACACUUGGGGAGGGUUCGUCCUUUGUGGAUGUAAUUUCCGACAAUAAUGAAAAACAUUACAUGUUGAUUAAGGUUCCACUUCCAAGUUUAAAUUCCUCACGAGUGAUGAUUCAGGGAAAUGUUCGUUCUGGUGAAACUUUUAAUUCCUUCCUGGAGGUAAACAUAAAGGAUGAUUGUGGAGGAGCACAACUUGAGGGUGAAUCUAUUACAUUCCUCAAUUCCAAAGCAGAUAUAUUGUUGACUGGGUAUUUUGUUGCUCAGUAUCCAGUUUGUAUUGGACGUUUCCAAGUCACCUCACAGACAUUCUCAAGCUUUAAGAAUAUACCAUUUAUGGCAACUCUUUCAUCAGCAGGAGUUGUACAAUCUGUCACCCCUUUUAGUAAUUUGAUUGGAUAUUCUAUUCAAGCAAUGUACAUUGACAAUGUAAGCGGAAAGAGAUACUUCAUUAUGCAGAAAGGAUAUCAAAUUUACUUGAUCAUUUACAAAGAUCAAGUUAUUCUAAAGAAGGCAAUAGCAGGUUGUGAAGACACAACAAAGUGUAAAGUUAUGGCUAUUCACUACUCGGUAGUAUAUGAUCGGGUUGUUGUUUCGUUCUUUGAUACACAAGAAUUCCAACUGAUCAUUGAUGGGGAAAAUAAGGAAUAUUUACCUCAUCAGUCUUCCCUAUGGGUUCUAUUGUUAAAUCCAAAGGAUGGAUCCUAUGUCCAUUCUCAGAAAGUCUUCCACAGUUCAUCUGCCAUGAUUCCCACUCCAAAAAUUAAGUUCGAUUCAUUGGGGAAGCUCAACAUUCUCUUGUCAUGUGAAGCUGAUUGUUUUUUGAAUGGAAAUGCAAUCUCUCCAAAUAUCUUCCUUCUGCAAUAUGAUUAUAUCAAGACAACAUUUACAUUCACAAAGAAUUUCAUUCAAAUUUCCCAGUUCAAACAAGAUUAUUUCAAGAUCCAUUCAUUGUCAAUUGAGCGAGACAAUACCAUUGCAACAGUCAUUACUGGUACAAGCGCUGAUCCUUAUUCAAUUGUGGAUGGUAAUAGCAGAACUAUGCAAGCUCAAUCUAAGAGUGUGUAUCAAUUCCGAUUCAGACAUCUGGAAGGAAAAAUCAUUCAAGUUCAACAACUAUCAACAGAAUACGAUAUUACUGAUAGUUUUAUCGUCUCAACAUCAAGUCCUAUUGUGAAUUCCAAUAAUUAUGUAGGCGAGCAAAAGCCAAUCAUUUACAUUAGACUUUCUGGUACUUCCAAAGAGUUGAAAGCCUUGUCUUUUAGUUCUAAUGGUUAUUAUUUAGGUACAGAAUAUCAGUAUGUGACAAGUAGUGCAAGCUACGGAGGUAAAACGAGUUCACCGCAGUCAACAUCUAAAUUUAUCAAAGGAAUGAAAAUUAAACACAGUAGUGACUAUGUGUACGGUAUCGAAUUCAGGUUUAGAGAUGGUACCAGUCAAUCAAUUGGUAGCAGCGAUAAUCGGGAAACUGAAUUUACACUUGCUGAUGAUGAAUACAUCACUAAAAUUCAUCACGAGUAUAGAGACUAUGGUUUCUGGAUUUGGGCAUCCACAACAUUGGCAUGUAUUAGAUUUGAUACUAAUAAGAACAGCUACGGUGCAAAUGGUUGCUGGGGUGGUAAUAUUGAGUACGUCCCUAGUGGCCUCGAUUUAGUUGGAGCAUCCAUGUCUUGUGGCGCUGUUGUUGAUUCCAUUUGGUACCAUUAUGGCUACUGGCCAACAUAUUCAUGUGCAAGUGGCUACACAGGGGCCUCCUGUAAUACUCCUGUUUGUUAUGAUCUCGAAGCUACCAACCCUAAUGUAUGCAAUGGAAAAGGUAAAUGUACUGGUCCAAACACUUGCUCUUGUUCUGCAUCCAUUUCUCCUAGUGAUUCAGGUACUUGUGUUCCUUAUGGUUUUUGUGAAGAUUUGUCAAGCUACAAUUCAGGAUCUUGUCAUGGAAGAGGUACUUGUUUUUUCAAUAGUACCUGUGCUUGUGAUCGUAGUUAUUAUGGUGAUGCUUGUGAAAUUGAAGCCGCAUGUUUUGGAAUUUCCAAGAGUAGUUAUGGUGUCUGUUCAAACCAUGGAAAAUGUACGGACAUUGACUUGUGUGAAUGUAGUACUGGUUAUGCAGGUAAAAAUUGUGAACUUCCAAUUUGUUUUGGGAAAGUAGCAAACGAAACUGAUGUUUGCUCUGGGCAAGGUACUUGUGUGAAACCUGGUAUUUGUUCUUGCAAGACUGGUUAUUACGGAAGCAUGUGUCAAAGUUUUGGUUGUAACGGAACUGAUAGCUCACAACCAAGAGUCUGUUCCUCUAAGGGUACAUGUGUUGAUUACAAUAACUGUAACUGUACUGAUGGAUAUUUUGGUGAAAAUUGUGAACAAUUCACAUGUAAUGGAACUCAUUUCAUGGAUCCAAAUGUUUGCAAUGGAAAUGGUAUAUGUACAGCUCUCGAUACUUGCUCUUGUACGAGACCAAAAUCCAUUGGUAGUAAUUGCCAAACUUGUGAAGAUGGUUAUUAUGGCACUCAUUGUGAAAAAUGGACAUGUGGAGGAAUUGAAAAUUCUUCACCAGCCGUUUGUUCAGCAAGAGGUCAUUGUAAAUCUGUAAACAUCUGUGUCUGUGAAUCGGAAACUAUUAAGGGAGAUACCUGCCAAGAUUGCAUUACCGGUUACUAUGGGUCAAAGUGUGGAAAUUGGACAUGUGACAAUGUACCACACUCUGAAGAAUCAGUUUGUAAUUAUAGAGGAACUUGUACCUCCUACAAUGUUUGUAAAUGCAAUACGAGAUCCAAUGGUACUUAUUGUGAACAAUGUCUCGACUAUUACACUGGACAAUCGUGUUCUGGUUGUAUAGGAGCUCACUUUGGUGAUGAUUGUUUCAAUUUCUUGGAAUCAGAUCAAGCUACCUAUUUUGAUUAUUCAGUUGACUUGAAUAUGGAUCAAAAUCUUUGGGGAAUUGGAAAAAAAUUGGCAGCUUUCAGCAUUGUUACCAAUAGUAAUUACAGAUACACUAGUUCAAAGGUGGAUUGCGAGAAAAUAUUUGGAAAUAUUGACAAGUUAGUCACCAAGAGUUCCACUUCUUAUCCAAUGCUAUGUUAUGUAACAGAAAAUAGAUUGAAUUCUGACCUGCACAGUUACAGAUAUACCAUCAAAGCAUAUGUAUCUCAAUCAGAUGCAAUCUUCAGUCCAAGAGAACCAAUAAUGUUCAACGUAUUUUGGUCGAAUCCAAAGUCUGACAAAUACGUUUCCGUCCAAUUAGAUGUGAGUGCCUUUUUGAGCUCCUUCCAACAUUAUUAUGAUGGAGUUUCUGCUAAAAUUUCCAAUGGAAAGAUCAGUUCCAAAUCGAUGAAUAGAUGUUUUGAAAGCAAUGUUAAGGCUGAAUAUUCUCAACCAGAACAUGGAAAUUUCCAAGCAAUGACUUGGGAAUUGACAGGAAAUUCAGUUGCCUUAAUGUCUAACAAAUUAGUGAGUGAUGCCAUUCAAAAUUCCCAAAAUCAAUUGGAAUGGACUUUCCCAUAUGUUUCAGAUAUUUUAAAGCUUUCUACUAUUGACAUGUCUGUCAGUGUGAUUUCUAAUUUUGGUUUAACAUACACCAAAAACCUUUCGUUCCCAAUCGAAGGAUCCUAUCCAAAAUUACUACUCAAAGUUCCAACAACCAAGAUUGUAAUGACCUCUACGCAAGCAACAAUACCCCUUGCCCAAUUCUUCGCUGAGAAUCAAGAAUGUGUCGACGCCAGAACUGUUUCCUUCCAAGUCCAUUCUACCUAUCCAACUUAUUAUUUUAAUUGGGAAACAACUGAAAAAGCAAUUGUUAUCAAACCAAAAACAUUCAGUGAGAAUUUGUCAUUCACAAUAGAACUUAUUGAUGGUACAACACUUCCAUUCCAAUUACAAAUGAUUGCUCCAACUGUUUUGAUCAAGGAAUCACUGAUUGUGUAUAAGCCAUCCAGAAUUCCUAGUAUUACACUCACUUGCAAGAAUUAUUAUGGUGCAGAGUCUUUACAAAAAUCAAUUGUUUUCCUGCUGUUGGAAAAUAAUCACGUGUACAGGAAGAUUAGUUUAGAGACUUCCUCUGCAACUGUUUCAGUACCAGUGAAUACAAUUUACCCUGAUUUUAAUAUGACCAUUGAUCAUACCUUUACAGUUGCAUGUCUCCAAUCAUAUUAUUAUUCAGUAGCACCAGCCCCUGAUUUAUUGAACCUCAUGACCAAUUCUGAAAAUCAACCAGUUGUCAUUGGAAAAUCCACCCAAGUGGUUUCAUUCAUCCCUGAUACUCGCAUAGAUGUAUCAUCAUGCAACGUACUUGGAGCAACUUUAACUGGUAUGAAAGUUAAUAAUGUUAUUCCAUCCUUGGAAGAAUCUACAACUUACUUUUUGGAUAUUUUGACAUCCCAAGCUUCUAAUUGCCAAGUUGAUAUUCGUUACAUUGGUUCACAAUUUGAAAGAUAUCCAUUAGCUUCAAUUUUUGUUAGUGGUACGAGAUACUUACUCCCAUUGCAAUAUAAAAACGGAAAACUCAAAUCCAAAGAUUCAACAAUUCAAAAUGUUGGUAAAUACUUUACCCUCUCCUUGAUGGGAACCAGCGACGUUACAGAUGUUACAGUUCCAGUCACUGUACAAGAUUCUCUAUCUGAUCAAAUCAAACUCAAAGAUUGUACCAUCACUCCUUCUAAACUUGAAGUUGGUUUUACAAUUGGAAAGCUUUCUUGUACCAUGGGAAAUCCACUCUCUACCAUUAGUAUGACACUUCUUAAUGAAGAUAGUAUCGUUGCAACAUCGGUAUCCUUCCCAAUAUCCUUCAAGACUACAAAAUUUGGUUCAAAUUUCAAAAUUCUCUUUUCAGACACCAAAACUGGUGGUAAACUAACAAUGCCUAUCAAGUUGACAAACGUCAUCGAGUUCAGUACCAAUAGUUUGUUCACAAAUGAUGUAGUUUCCUCUCUUUCAAACUCGUUAUCAAGUCCAACAAAUGAUUUCCAUAAGAGCAAUGAUUUGGUUAUUUCAAUUGUUUCUAAUAUCGGUACAGUGGCCCAAAAUAAUUCUGUCAUUAGUGAAAUUUCUAAAAUUAUUCCACUCGCCUUAAAUGCAACAGCAACAUCUCUUUCUACUCAAUUAGAUACAAAUCUUGCACAAAAUUCAGUCACUUCUGAAGACAUGUCCAAUUACAUGAACCAAGUCAAAGUACUUUCAAAACCUCAAUUCUUAACAGAAGAAACUACAUCGAAAACUGUUGACAUGAUUAACAAGUUUGUUGAUAUUUCAAGUAAGGCAGCUGUUUGGUCAUCAGAUUCUUCAAAUUCACUUUCUGAAAUUUUGGUAAAUGUCGCAUCAAAGAUUCCAGAAACAUCAACCAUCAAAUUGGCAUCUUCAAUUGUGAAUGCUGCUAUUUCUUUGGGUACUAAAACAGAAUUGACAACUUUAGACUUUUUCCCAGGUGAAAAACCAUCCAAUUUGGUUUCUAUUAAUGCUGUAAAAACAUCUAUUUCAGCACUGAACUCAAAUAGUUUUUCCUUCUCCAAUUCUAAUAGUUCAUUGGUCUCUUUUAGUGUUUCCAUGAUUUCCACCAUUCAAAUGGUCAAUAUUGCAAAUUCAUUAUUCAAAUUCCCAACCAAAUUAUCAAGAAAAGUUGAAGAUGUAAAAAAGGAAUAUGUUUCACAAUUGAACAUUUCAAAUUCAUUGACAGGAAGUGUUCAUAUCAAUAUUCCAAUUCCAUCCUAUAUUGCACCAAUCAGUUCAAGAACCAAUCAAACAUUCAGAUGCAGUUUGACUCUUGAUUUUACAAAUUUUGAAACUGAAUCAAGUUGUAAAUUUGUCAAGACAUCUUUCCAAUUAUUGACAGAUAUCAAAGCAAGUGAACAAACUCUCAUUGUCCAUUGUUUGUGUGAUUUAUCCUCUCUUUCCAACCUCAUGAACAAUUCAAUGGUUGGAAUAACUGCUGAUUACCUUGAACAAACUCUUCCAAAUGACAUUAACGCACCACUUAGCAAUGACAGUAGUGGAGCAGCUGCUGUAAUCUUGAUUCCAAUAUUUAUCUGUUGUGGUUGUUUCAUCGCUAUUCCAAUAACUGUUGGCUGUAUUAUAGUGAGAGAAAAGAGAAAGAGGGAUAAUGCAAAGGAAACCAACAAGGAGGCUCCUCCUAAUCCUCAAUACGAAAGAGUUGUGACUUCCUCCACAUUACAAUCAAAUUCUUCUCAAAAUGCUUUUAGAUUUGAACAUCGUGAUUCUACAACUCCGACCAUAGGCCACAGACAGCCAUAUAGCAUUGCCAUGAAGACCUUCUCUACUAUUGAUGUUAUUGAUGUUCAUUUUGAUAAUCCAACAACAAUUUAA